AUCGAUCCAAUCGUCUGUUUGCGAUUGCAUAUUGUACACAGCAAUAGACCAAUGAAUCAGCUGUUGCGACGGAACUGACGUUUCGCUAUCCACUUCAGUCCACUUCUAAGAAGUGUUGUCAUUGUGUGUCAUCAUUUGUGGCUUAUCAAUUCUAUACGAAAAAUACCUGCGGUACGUCUGAAAUUGUGCCAUUUGCAUCUUGUUUACAUAACAUAGUGCAAUUACUAUUCGGAAGCUUCCUUAUUACAAGCCAAGAGUUGCAUUUUAUUAACUACAUUUAAAAGAAAAAUCUGUACAAAAUGUCUCUGUAUCCUACUCUUGAAGAUAUGAAAGUGGACCACAUGAUGAAGGCUGAACAGCUGCAAGCAGAGUCACAAUAUCCUGAUAUUCCCACCAUACCAUACGAACAACAUAAUGUUCUGCCAUCUGCACCUGCCUAUAAUCCAUCUAGUAUUUUGUAUCCUUCGCUAGGAGAAUACAUGGGGAUGGAGCUUACAGAGGAAGUGAUAGUACAGAAUAUGCCUGAAUAUGCUCUUGUGAAUCGUAAAAGUAUGGAAAUUAGUAUACCUGCGCCAUCAGGACCAUUAGCAGGCAUGGUUGCACCAUUAUCUGGACAAUCCUUAGGAUUGCAAAGGGCACAAGUUACAAAUGGUAUAAGACAGGUAAUAUUAUGCAAAGACAGAAAUGGUAAAAUUGGCUUAAGAGUACAUGCUGUGAGCAAUGGUAUCUUUGUGUGUCUUGUAAGUCAGAAUUCUCCAGCUGCACUUGCUGGAUUACGAUUCGGCGAUCAAAUUUUAAGUAUCAACGACGAAUACGUCGCUGGAUAUACGAUGGAACAAGUUCAUAAAAUGCUGCGAAAUGCCGAUGUAAACGGGAUCAGAGUCGGUAUACGCGACAGACCAUUUGAACGUACAGUAACCAUGCACAAAAACAGCAGUGGACAUAUCGGAUUUCAGUUUAAAAAUGGAAAGAUAAUUGCGUUGAUUAAAGAUUCCUCAGCCGCUCGAAAUGGGCUACUAACGGAUCAUCAAAUAGUAGAAGUUAACGGAAAGAAUGUUAUCGGACUGAAAGAUAAAGAAAUCACGGCGGAGAUUGAAAAUGGUGGAAACAUUAUUACCGUAACAAUUAUUCCGUCGUAUAUGUAUGAUCACAUGAUUAAAAAAAUGAAUACCAGUUUAUUAAAAACACUCAUGGAUCAUUCUAUACCAGAUGUUUAAGCGGACGUAAAUCCAUCCGCGAUAUCCAUUCAAAUGAUUGACGACUUCAAAUUUGCUUUAAUACUAUGCAGAUCUACACACGAUACCUUACGCAUUUUUCGUCGAUAGAAGAAAUGCUUAACAUAAGCAUUAAAUUACAAGUACAACGGUGUUUAUAUUUACUGCAUUGGUUACAUAGUUAAUAUAUUACUUCAUAAUAAUCGGAUUCUUUUUUAACUAAGAAUUUGAUAAAAACAGUUUGAUGUUAUCCAUUAUUUCAGUUAUGUUUAUGUUGUGAAAUGAAUUUUUAAAUCGCACACACGUUUAUGGCCAAUGAAUAUUUAAUAAUUAUUAAUUGGAUUAAUUUCAAAUAUUACGUAUUUAUAAUUGCAUUUUUAGGACCAAAGUAUAUAUAUUUUUAAUAGAUUGGUUAUGAUAAUUAUCUCUUCAUGAAAUAAGAUCGUAAUUAUAAUAGCAAUUAUAUACAAAUUAGAUGGAAUAUAUAUAGUUACUGUUUACUCUUGGAUUAUAACCAUCGUCUUACCGAAUUAUAUAUGACCAUAUGUAUUAAUAGUUGUACGUUUUAAAAGUCUCUAUAACGUUAAUACUUUUCUAUGCAGUUUUAUCUUGUACAUAUAUCUAUAUAUGAAUACUUAUCUCGACAAUGUUAUUGCAAUCUUUAUUUUAUUAUACUAAACUACAUGUGUAAUCACUAUUCUGGAACAUAGUACUGUAAUCAGUAAGUUUUAUACCCAUUUUGUUUAUUAAUGUGCCAAUGUUAUGAUCUAUAAGUUAUAUAGCUUAAGACAAC